AUGAAACUAUUUUUUGUUUUCUGUAUUGCCACAAGUUUGGUAAGUUUUUUUCUGGAAAAAUGUUGUUGGAAUUAUUGAAAAAUGAUUGUUUACAGGUGAUAACAACACACGCUUCUAUUCAAAUAACAGUUAGUCAGAUUUCAGUGCAGUUUAAUAACCCCAUUAAACAAUAUUUCACAAAUUGUAAUGGUGCUAAUAUUGAGAUGUUUCUUCAAUUAACUUCCUCGAGGUGAAUUUUAAAAUUAUGAUUUUUGUUGGGAACGGGAUGACAAGGUUUUCUCGGGAAUGAGAGAGAUUUAUUAAUGUAAAAUUCAUAGAAGUUAUUAUUUCUCAAAAACCUUAAUCGAAAUCGUCUGUAAAAGCAAAGAGUUAUUUUAAAUGUAUAAUUACUCCUAAUCUUAAGAAAUAAAAUUCCAGCUAUUCGAAUCAGCAAACAUUUUCUGUGCAACAAUAUGAUGCAUCAUCUACCAGUUGGUCUUUUACCAAUCAGUCAUCUUUCACAAUUCCACAAUCAACAAGUUUUGUGUCUAUUUCUGCAGUCAUAUCACUAACAUGUGGUACCGUAUCACCACUAGCUGACUCAUUCUUACUUUUCACACAAAGUAAUGGUGAUCCCGAUUCGAAUAAUAUUGCAAAUAACUUGCAAACUACCUCAACUAAUAAUAAAUGGUGAGAUUUUUCAAAUUUCAAACUAUAAUGAUCUAAUUUUGUUCAGGAUUCUUGGUGCAACUGUUCUCCGACAAUGUAACAUGAAUAAUUAUGGUUUUAAUUGUGAUCAGAGUUGUAUUACAACAGAUGAUGGAUAUAAUUGUUUUACUUGUGGCAGUUAUGGGCAAAAAACAUGUUGUUCUAGUUUGAAUGUGAAUCAAACAAGUUGCGCAUAUUAUAAUGCUGUUUCAACAACUCAAAACCCAUAUGUUUCUUGUGAUACGGUAAUUUUCAUUAAGAAAAUUUCAAUCACCAUACCUAAUUUUUACAGUACUAUCAAAACCUCUAUUUCUGGUUCAUGAUUGCAUUCGUCAUAUUUUCUUUCGUUUUAUUAGUAUUAUUAAUCGCUUUGCUAUUGCUCUUUUAUGGAUGUUGUCAGAGGUAAACAACAUCAAAAGGGAUUAACACGUUUAAUGUAUCAUGUUUGUAGAUCCAAGAAAACUGAGGAAACACAUACUGAAGCAGAUGAGUGGAGUGAACCAAUUGAACCACGAGCAAAUAGAACUUUAUAUGAUGGUCAUAUUGACAGACCAUAUUCAAAAAGAGAAACAAGAAGUGGGAAUAGAAGUCCUGCACCAUAUUUUAUCAAUCGAGAAGGUUUAGAAAAUCGAACAUUCGAGGAGGUGAAUUCAAAAGCGAAUAAAACUUUAUAUAUAUUUUUUUAUUCCAGGAAUCAAUUUCCAAUGAAUGGAUAGAACCACAACCGCGAAGGAUAGCGAGAGUUUAA